CGAGAAUUCCGUGGGAUCCAAUUUACAUUUUACAGGUAUAAAAGGCGUUCCGAACGGUAAGCAUAGCAGAAGGAAGGCGAGAAAAGAAGAAAACCCAACUGCUUCCCUGCCUGCCGCAGUCAAUUACUCUUUGCAUCAGAAUCAAGAGAAUCAGCCAACCCCACACCCUCCAUUCUUCUUCUUCUUCCUCAAGUUUCCUCUCCUUUGUUUCUUCCUCAAGUCUCUCCGUUCUCUUCCCCACGUUCCCCCUCCUCUCUGUAAAGCCUGCGCAAUUUUACCCGCAAUAGCACUCAACUUCCAAUGGCCACCGAAUCCCAAUCCUCCUCCUUUAUAACCAGACCCACUACCCUUUCUCUUCACACAUUGCUCUGAAGAAACCCACAUCGCUCCUAAUCCUGUUCACUCCCCCUCCCUUCAAUCCUUCUUUGAUUUCCAGAGCUGGGUUCCAUGGAUUCCUCUGAAUUGGUCAAGAACCACCGCCCCCUCCGCCGCCUGAGGUGCUCCGUCCAGCACUACGAUUGGGGCAGAACCGGACGGGAUUCCCUGGUCGGAAAGGUCUGUGCUUUGAAUUCUGGCUCCGAGAUCCAACUCAACAAGCCUUAUGCUGAGUUCUGGAUGGGGAUCCAUGCCUCCGGCCCCUCUUUCGUUGUCGGUAGUACAGGGAUUGAGAAUGGGAAUGGGAAUGGGAAUGGCGCCGCUGUUGAUUCCCACUCCCACUCCCACUCCGGCGCUGCGUUGAGUUUGAAAGACUGGAUCGUUCAGAACCCUUCCGUCCUCGGUGAUAAGGUUUUGGAUAAGUGGGGGUCUGAUCUCCCCUUCUUAUUCAAGAUACUUUCUGUGGCAAAAGCACUUUCAAUCCAGGCGCACCCUGAUAAAGAAUUGGCAAAGAAGCUCCAUAAAUUGCACCCAAAUAUUUACAAGGAUGACAGCCACAAGCCUGAGAUGGCUUUGGCCGUAACAGAGUUUGAGGCCCUUUGCGGUUUCGUCUCUUUUGGGGAGCUUAAAGAUGUCAUCCGUUAUAUUCCAGAGGUUGUAGAACUGAUUGACAGUAACGACACAAGCCAGCUAUUGCAUAUCAAUGAUCAAGUGGAGGGCGAGAAGGUGAAAUCAAUACUUCGAUCCAUUUUCACCCAACUAAUGUCAGCUAGCAAGGAGAUGACAACUGAAGCAGUAUCCAAGUUGAAAAUCAGAUUGCAGAUGCAGAGCCAGGUGCGGCGGUUGACUGAUAAAGAAAACCUGGUCUUGAAGUUGGAGAAGGAAUAUCCAAACGAUAUUGGUGUCAUAUCAGCAUUUUUUCUUAAUCAUAUCAAACUUAAUCCUGGUGAAGCUUUGUAUCUUGGUGCAAAUGAACCGCACGCAUAUAUCUCGGGUGAGUGCAUUGAAGUCAUGGCAACAUCAGACAAUGUCGUGAGGGCUGGCCUUACUCCCAAGCAUCGGGAUGUCCAAACUCUCUGUUCUAUGCUCACCUACAAACAGGGGUUCCCAGAAAUCCUGAAAGGGUUUCCAUUGACUCCAUACAUCACAAGGUACCUACCUCCAUUUGAUGAAUUCGAGAUGGACCGUUGCUUCCUCCCAAAAGGUGCAUCCACUGUGUUUCCGGCGGUGGAGGGCCCCUCGAUUUUUGUGGUAAUAGGUGGAGAGGGAGCAAUGCAGGCAGGGUCAUCAUCUUCUAGAGAUGUAGUGAUGGAGGGUGAUGUGAUAUUUGCCCCUGCGGGUACCCAGAUCAACGUGAAGACGGUAUCAGAGUUGCAUAUGUAUAGAGCCGGAGUAAAUAGUAGAUUCCUCCAAACACUCUGAAAGAUUCGGCAGUGGGGUUGAAUUCAGAGACACGAUACACAGCAAAGUUAACUUCCAGUUUUCUUUUUAGGGUGAAAGAGUAGAGUUUUACUUAGUGGUUAACUUUGGUUUUGCUCGAUUGACUACAGGCGGAACCUUUAUACCUUUUAGUUACCAUGUACUAUAAUAGAUGCUAGCGUAUGUAAAUGAAGUGGAAAAGUAUAGCAAAAGUUCUAGUGGCAAGGAAAUUCAACACCAUUUUGAUGCUGUGGACUAUGUGAAGUCUUCG